GCUGCCUGUUCAGCCUCACUUUGCUCCUAUUGGCUGUAUUUUCAACCAAUAGGAAGAUGCAAUCAAAGGAUUGUCGUGACGUCAUCAACGCGGAUCGCUCUGAUUGGCCGUUUUUGAACUCCUCCCACCAGCAAACGUGUUUGCCUCAAACACUCCUCCCUCUCCGCCGGCUGGCUGUGAACGAGCGGACCCUCUCUACGUGUUUUGUAUUGAUCGUUACAGACACUUCCUGCGCUGCUAAACGAUGCUGUUCUGGUACCGGUACCGGGAGCUGUGGUUCGGAACGGAGGCUUAACGGCAGCAGAGAGGAACUACAGCUGGAGCAGUUUACGGCACGUCGUGAAGCGUUGGAAACACGUGGAGAUGGAGGCGGAGCUGCGGCCUCAGGAGGAACUGAGCCACGCCCCUGUCGUCGGGCUGAGUCUCUGUGACUCCGCCCCCCUCCUGUGGCGGCUCCAGGACUUGAAGGCCGUGAGGUCCGAAGGCCUGGUGGGGGCGCUGCUCGGGUCGCUGCCCAGAACCCCCCGGCAAAACAUCCGACUGGGCCGGCCGCUGCUACUGCUGCCGGAGGAGGAGAGGCUUCUGGGAGAACGCCGCGGCGCCGCCGCUCUGCCCGCCCGGAACCAGGAAGUAGCUGGCGGGGAGCUGCAGCAGCAUUAUGCAGAGGAGCAGCAGAGGAGCUUUGAGGAGCAGAGCGUCCUCGCUCUGGAGGACAGGAAGUCGGCGUUGGUUCGAGCUAUGACAUCAUCAUCAGGUUCUGAUCCAGGCUCAGACGAGGUCCUGCAGCGCCGCCUACUGGAUCUGGAGCAGAACUUCAGCUUCCCGCGCUCGGCGCUGGCGGUGCAGCUGAGCACAGCGAGGGCGGGGCUUAGCCACUGUCCGGAAGCCCGUGCCUUCCUGGAGGCCGACUGGCCAAUCAGAGCGCAGCACUGCCCCCGCCGGGAGGCCAGGUUCCAGGUGUUCAGGGACCUGCGGGGGCGGGGCUUCUUCCUGACGUCUGCAGGGAAGUUUGGCGGAGACUUCCUGGUGUAUCCAGGUGACCCGCUGCGUUUCCACGCCCACUUCAUCGCCGUGUGCCUGGCGCUGGACGAGUCCAUCUGCCUGCUGGACGUCCUCUGUGUGGCCCGGCUCGGCUCCAAUGUCAAGAAGACGGUUCUGCUGUGUUCGCCGGCGCCGGACGGCCCGGUCCGCUACACCUCGCUGCAGUGGAGCGGGAUGGUGUGAGACCCGAACCGGAGUGAACCGGACCGGACUCCGGGACAGUGUUUGAACUGCCUGGUAGAGGAANCGCUNUCCCGUCUACAGCGACCUGACCCGUGUGGUUAAGAACAUUUUAUUGUUGUUUAUUUGAAGAUUAAUGGACUCUCAAAAUUCUUGGACUCUCAAAUGGAGAAAAUGUUGAAGUUGAAAACAGAGAAAAUAAACCCAGCUUUUCAUCCAUCCA